UUCCACAAAAACCGCCAUGGAUGCCAUAUCCCAGAGAGCUGGUGGCCGGGUGUGUCCCACGCCACAUCGCCCUGUCGUGGUACUUCUGGCGCUUGUGAUGCAGGGGCGGCUGUUAGCUGCCUGGCAGAGUCUAGAUGCGGAGUCCCCGCAGCCGGGGUGCAGGUUGAGAUGCCGGGAGGAGCCUGGGGCGACAUGGUCCUAUGGCCGCAUUCUCAACACCGCCGACGAGUCCCCAACGCUACUUUCAGUGCGUUGGGAGAAUGACACGGAGGACGUCCAAGAACUGGUGGAUGUGUCCAACUUCGAGGUUGAGACGUUGCCCUCGGACCCUUUGCAAGAUCUACUGGAAGGACUCGAAUCUGCCCGGGAACAAGAUCUGGAAGAAGCCGAAGGAGCUGAUGCGGUGCUGUUUACCCUGGAGGAGCGAGCAAGGGAGAAGUGCUGGAGGACAUCCAGGAGGAACUCGAGAGCUUCCGAUGGCUCAGUGCCGAGGUCAUGCAGCAGCGCAGGGAACUGGAAGAAUUGGAGGAGGAGAACGAACGCAUGCGCGAGGAGCAAACAUUGAUUCGCGAACAGUACGAGCAAAUGAUGGAGGAGGCCGAGUUGGGCGAGGGGACAGCCUGAGAUCGGAGCAAGGUCAGUCUGCCCUCGUCAGAAAACAA